AUGUUCAGGUUCUCCGUCGCGCUCGCGCUCCUCCCCGCCUUCGCCAUGGGCCACGCCGUGGUAACGCAACCCGUGCUGCGCCAGCCUGGGGCGGCCAGUCUCGCAGCGUGCGGCUCCGCGGUCGAGGCCAAGUUGAAAUCUGACCCGACCGGCCCGCUCACGGGCGUCGUCCCACCGCGGCAGAUCGAAAACUCUGUCAAGGCCAUCGACAGCACGACCACCACCGACUGCGCGCUGUACCAGUGUCGGGGGUACAAGGCGGGUCCCAGCGCGCCGCUCGCUCCCCCUCUUUUCGAGGACAACGCGGACAACGUCGCGACGUACUCGCCCGGGGACGUCGUCAACUUCCACGUCGACCUCGUCGCGCACCACACCGGAUUCGCCAACAUCUCCGUGAUUGACCUCGCGGCGGACGCGCCCCUCGCCCGCCUCUUCACCUGGCCCGUGUACGCGAACAGCAACCUCGGGCCCGCGGACUGGCCCGCGAACGAGACGAACUUCAACGUGACGAUCCCGGACCUCGGGGGCGUGUGCGCGGAGGCGGGCGCGUGCGCGAUCCAGUGGUGGUGGUACGCGACCGAGAACGGGCAGACGUACGAGAGCUGUGUGGACUUUGUGGGGGCGUGA